CAUUUCAGAUUUUUGGCAAAUACAUAUCUCAGUAACCUUUGCGUUGAUCAGAAAGUUUUUCCUAUAUGCUUCUCAUCAUUCGAAAAUUUUUCUCGCUCUUGUCAAGACUCAAUUCUGUUCGCUCUUCGCAAGCUUCGAAAUUUUUUAGUUUCGGAAGAUUCUAGGUAAUUUUCAGAUAAAUAAAAAUGGUCCCACCCAUAGUGUCCCGGUUCUGCGGAGCAAGAAAUGUUGGAUCGUUACUCCGAAGAACGUUUUCAACCAAUAUUGGCGAAAACCGUGCUGAGAAAGGACUGGUUCUUGGCUUGUACGAGCAGGAAAUCGACACGGAGGAACCACGAUUGACUCCGGUGGCAGGACAUUUUGACGCGAAAACCGAAGGCCAAUUGGUCAAUUUAAUUAAAGAAUCUAAUUUAAAUGGAAAAAUUGGAACGGUCAAAGUCUUCAACAAUAUUGAUCCAGACUACGGUUCGGUAGCUGUCGUUGGACUUGGUUUAGAAGGUCUAGGGUACAAUGAGCUGGAACAACUGGAUGAAGGACUCGAGCAUGUUCGGAUAGCAUCCGGGAUGGGAGCGAAGUGUUUGGCGCGAAACGGGUGUACUCGAAUUUGGGUCGAUCCUAUGGAUGCCGCGGAACAAGCUGCGGAAGGUAGCGGUCUGGCAACAUGGAAGUACCAGGCGAACCGAAUGAAACAGGAACGACUUCCAAUUCCCAAGUUGGAGCUGUUUGAUUCUCCCGAUGGAGAUGCCUGGACGAGGGGCUUGUUCAAAGCUGACGCACAAAACUUAGCGAGGAAUCUGUCGGACGCCCCGGCCAAUCAAAUAACACCAACAGCUUUCGCCCAAUCAGCCGUUGACGCGCUUUGUCCGUGCGGAGUUAGCACAGAGGUGCGCAACAUGGACUGGAUAGAGUCGAAAAGUUUGAGUUCGUUUUUAUCGGUAGCGAAGAGCUCAUGUGAACCACCCGUAUUCUUGGAAAUCAGCUAUUGCGGUGAGCACGAUAGCGGACGGCCAAUUAUGAUGGUUGGCAAAGGAAUCACUUUCAAUAGUGGUGGCUUGUGUUUGAAAGAAUGCAAAGGAAUGUCCCAAUAUCGUGCGAGCAUGGCCGGCGCUGCGACAAUCGUCGCCACGAUCCGAGCAGCAGCUGCUCUAUCGCUCCCGGUCAACCUGGUUGGCCUGAUUCCUCUCUGUGAAAAUAUGCCCUCGGGGAUGGCUUUCAAACCGGGUGAUGUGAUAACUACUCUCAAUGGAAAGACGGUAGCAAUUCAUGAUACCAACAACGCUGGUAGAUUAAUCAUGGCUGACACUUUCAUCUACGGACAGACCACAUUUAAGCCGAAGAUUGUGCUGGAUGUGGCAACUCUUACAAAUGGCGUUACUCAUGCACUGGGUGGUGCUGCAAGUGGUGUAUUUGCCAAUUCUGACUUCCUAUGGAAGCAGAUGCAAAAGGCGGGUUCGAUCAGCGGUGAUAGAGUUUGGAGGAUGCCGUUGUGGAAGUAUUUUACUCAUAAAGUUACAAAUUACACCAAUGUUGACAUGAGUAAUACCGGUCAAGGUAAGGGCAGUUCGUGCCUGGGAGCGGCAUUCUUGAAAGAAUUUGUACCCUGCGUGGAUUGGAUUCACCUGGACAUCACCGGUGUUGGCAUGUUGAAAAAAGGCGUCGGAAUACCGUACCUCGAGGAAUAUCGCAUGACCGGACGACCCACUCGAACGCUGAUUCAGUUCCUAUACCAGAUGGCUUGUCCGGAUGAACAAAUUAAAAGUUUGACGAAGGAAAAAUCAUCAUCUUGAAGAACGAACGUAGAAAAAAAUCGUAGAAUUUCUUUAGCAUAAGUAUGUUCACAGAGCGGGUGUUUGUGUUUUUAUAACUUAUUUUCUACUUUGGAUUAUUGCAUAAAAAUUGUAAAUAAUAAAAACUCUUUAUUUUUUCUAUUAUAA